AUAUUAUUCAUAAUGACCAGCACUGGAUGGCGACCUUUACCUUUAAUACUUGGUUGUUUCGGCUGUUUAUUCUCUGCCUUAUUAAAUAUUUGGCGGUGGAUAUUAAGACAAAAAUGUUGUCAAAAUAAUUAUUGUUGUUGUUGUUGCUAUUGCCAUAAUAGAAAUACUGGAGGAAAAAAAUCCUUAAUUAAAAUUGAAGAGGGAACAACAAUUAACGAAGAACAACACCAAUCAAUUUCUGUAGAUCAACCACUUUUACUUUUGUGUUCUCCUUUGCCAUUAAUUGAAGAAACUCCUCUUCCAUCACUUGAUAAUGAAAUGCGCAAAAUCCCAUCCCAUACCUUACCUAAUAAAAAAGAAGCUGAAGAAACUCGAAGUUUGGAUAGGCAUUUAUUUAGUGUAAGAUGGAAUAAAAGAGGAACUAGUACAACAAAAAUAAAUUGUAAGAAUAAUAUUAGACCUUCAUUAAAAGCUACUACUACACAAAUUUUGGAGAAAAAGAAGAAUAACCAUUUAAUUUGUGAUAAUUUUAAUGGAGGAGAUGAUUUUGAUUCACCAGCCGUUGCCUUAAUUGAUCCUUGUACAUCCUCAGCUUCUAGUCCAGCUACUGCUGCCGUUCAAAAUUCAAGUUGUUUUCAACAACAACCUUCUGUUCCUCAACGAUUAGCUUGUUUUUUGUCAAAACGACUAAAAAGAACCAAAAGUUUUCCUAAACUUGCAAGUGCUCUAAGUAGAGAUAGACUUACUGCAACAACAACAACACUAAAUAGUAUUGGUAAACAAGGAGAGCAUCAAUUAAAAAUUAGAGCAAGUCUUGGUUCAAAUGCGUUGAGGUGGGUGUGAAUUUUAUAAAACAAAUUUUAGUUGAGAAAUCUGUGAGGAAAUAAAAAUAAAUUUUUUUGGCUUCUAGUUAAGGACUAAAAAUUAAAUUUAAUUAAUGACACAACUACUACCCCUAUUUUUUCCUUAUUUUUUUAUUACAAAAAAAGUCUUCCAUUCUUUACUUUUAAUUUUUAUACACCCAAUUUUGUAUGCUUAUUAAUUAAAUAUAAACGAUUUUUGUUUAUAUUUAGAUAACAUCAUCAUUGACCUUUCAUAUCAUUUUUUAUUUCUUCUAUUUCUUAUUCAAUUAGUACAAUAUAUGUACAUUAAUCUUUUGAUAAAAUUAAAAAAUUAUACGUAAAUAAACAAAAAUAAUUUUUAAAAGAAAAAUUAAUCAGAAUUAUAUUAAAAAUUUUGAUAUGAACUGAUUUUUUUCUCUAGUUUCUUUCGUGGGGGGUUUUUCUAGGGUUUAUCCUCCGUUCACUUCAAUAUUUUUAUUUUUUUCUAGACUUUGUAGGUUGGUCUCGAAUUAUUUCAUUUUUUAUUAAAAAUAAUAUGAUUAGUUAAAUCAAAGAUUUUUUCGUAUUUUUGCAUCGCUCCCCGUUUUCUCUCCUGAAUUUUUUACCUCUCUUUCUAUACAAUUUUUGUGUAUUUAAAAUAUUUAUUUUUCAGCUUACUAUUUUUGUAUCAAUUUUUAGUAUUUUUUUAUAUUUUCCACGUUUAUAAUCCACGUUUUAUUUUUAUUUUACUGUUUUCUUUAACAUUUAUAUU